AUGUCUGCGUUCACUUUUCUCAGAAAUUUGUUUACGUCUAUUUCUAUUGUUUUGGGGACUGUUCUGAUUCAACAAACUAUUGGAAGCGGUAGUUUGACUUCUAAGAUUGAUGCCGGCACUGAAGGCGAUGAUCGCAGGAGGAGUUACGUGACAGGGCUGCGAAAUAUGUGGAUUUUCUACACUUGCACGGCGUCUGUCACAAUUAUCGCGACUUGCUUUAUCAAACCUAAGCCUGUGAAGAAAAGUGAAGACGCCGGGGAAGAACAUGGUCGUGCGGAGGUUUUGGAGGCCUGA